UCAGGAGUGGGGAUAGAGUCCGAGUAGUGGAGUGCGGACGACCGAUCAAUCAAGUUUCGUGUCUUGUUAGUAGUGUAUUUGCGGCAUUAUUACGUUUUACAUACUUGUGAUUAUUGUUCGUUUACGCUAGAGAUAACCAGCGUUCAAUUUCGAGAUUGCAAAUUUAUGUAAAUUGCUUUUACGGAGCUAUAAUUGUCUUCAAGAUGACAAUCAUAACUAAAGCUCUUAGCGAGAAGAGGGCGGCGAAAAAAAUGGAGCAGCCAUUAGUCGUUGAAGAAAAUCCCACGGAAGAUGCUAAGGUUGAUCCAGAGGCUCAGGUUCCCAAAGGAGAUUUGGCUGGUCAUUACUUGAUUUUGCGCAGCCGUGGUCAUCAUCCUAAUGCAAUAACAACAAUCUCUCUCUUCUUCACGGCAUUGUUGGUUAUGAGCAUUGGAAUUAUUGGAGGAGUUUACAUUUACCGUCAAUAUGGCAGACCACAGAUGCAUCGUUUCCGUACUGGCUGGUACAGCAUUCCUUAUGAUGGUUUAAACAAGGCAUAUUCCAUGCCUGAUGGUUCUCAUAAAAGCCAAGGCCUUCAAGGGCUUGUCGCAGACUCCGACCUUUUCAAGGGUCUUAACAGAGUAAUGGAAGAUGAAGCUCGCGUAGCUGAAGAAGCUGUUAAUCAAUUCGAUAGAUCCUUCAAGGAACGAUUCGAGAUUGAUCUGGAAAACGAGCACUAUGAAAAAAUUGAUGUUCCCGACUUCCAUGGCGGUCGCCAAGGAAGAUUUAUACAUGAUUUCAGUAUCAAUAAGACUGGCAUUAUUGAUAUCGAUGGUCAUUGCUGUUUCGUAAUGCCACUGAAUCGUCGUAGAGUAUUGCCACCUCGCAACAUGUACGACUUACUCAACAAAAUGUAUAAUGGCUAUUACGAAGUCGACACUGAAGUCGUGCGUGAAACAAUGAAGGUCGUUCUCCCACCAAUCAAAGAUUUACACAGUGUAGGAACUUACAUUGCCCAUGAAUGUCAAGAUUUGCCAACAUACAUGCUAGAAAAAGUGAAUUCGAAUGUAAACAAACGCAGCGCAUCCGAGGGUAUGUUUGGCCAGUUUGCUGGCAGAAAUAUCUUGGAGUUGAAUAUCUUAAAUCUCGAGGAUGUUCAUGGAUACACAGCUGCAGCAGAACAAAAGGAUGAAAAAAAGGAUUAAGACUAGAUAAUCCAUGAUACCUCAUUAUCAUCAUCACUUUAAUUAAGAUGAAUCUUUAAAGAUCCCUAUUCAUACUUUACCCUUGAAGCAGCUUCAACUGAAAGAUAUAGAACAAUCUAUCAAAGCUUAACAUUUAAAGAAAGUGGUUUUUGAUUGGUUGUUAGCUUGUUUUUGGUUGAAAAUGCUCAAAGGCGUCGUGUGAAUGGAGUUCGGAAUUGAUGCAUAAUAGAUACAUAAUGAUUCUAAUUGACUCAAGAUACGUAGAUGUUUAUGCACUAUCCAAUCAGGUGUACUUCCUAUUCUCAUUAUUUGCCAUUGAGCCAUUUUGAAGAGAAAAGUAAAUAUUUGAGCAAGAUAGUCUGAGAGGGAAAUAAAUUAAUAGAUCCAUAGCAAAAAAUCUUUUUUACUGUCAUCAUGUUUCUUUGUUAUAAUUUCGUAAAUAUCUUUUCUUUUAUUUGACCUGCUCAAUACAUCCAUUCCAAUUCAUAAAAGCAGGAUUUAUACGUUUUAGGCUUCUUGCGGAGAUGUAGACCUAUAUAACUUUAUUUUCUUUUUCGAAUAAAUACGUAUGCAUAGAAUUAAGAGAAGAUUAGCGAAUUAAUGGCAGCGCAAGAUUGUUGCGUGAUUCGUUAAUGAUUGACGUAUAAAGUAAAUAUAUAAUGUAAACGUUAGUUCUCAGUACUCAAAUUGUUAAGUACUUAACGUGAACAAUUGUAAAUUCCUAUGAGAUAAAUAAACGAAAUAUAAAUGUA